AUGGCAGCUGCUGCGACAGAGGGGCUUUAGUCUGUGGUUGUGGACACAGCACCAGACACUGCAGGAACGGUGAGGGGUGUAUCCGCGGCGGCGGCAGCCAGAAUCAGACCGCAAGUCCGGGUCUCCCACGCCGCGCCGGCUGCUCAGGUGCUGUCGCUCAGCGGCGUGCUCGCCGUGCACAGGCCCGAAGGGCCCACAGCCGAGCUGCUCACCCGGCUGAAGGAGACGCUGCUGGCAGGUACUGCAGCCGGGAGGAGAGCGCUGUGUCUCACCCAGCAUGCCCGUGAGGCGCUGUCCAGCGUCCCACUGUGUCCCAGCUUCAGCGUGUGCUCGCCUCCUCUGCUGUUCCGGACAAAGCGUUCCAGCCUCUGUGUGAAGGACCAGGGUGAAGAGAGCAGUUUUACCAAGAGUCGGGAGGUGGCAGGGAGCCUCACAGACCGUGGUGGUCACGACGAUGUAGAGGCAGAGCUGAUAGGAGUUGGACCAGGUGCUUGUGGUCGUGCCAGACCGUUUUUAACUAGAAUUGAGGCCAGUAAGUUAAAGUGCUGCAGCCUGAUCGCUGUUCUGCGGACGCAGAGCCGUCCUAACACUGCACCCUUCUGUGGGAUGCACCCAGCCGAGCUGGCAGAUGUGACUGACGAGCGACAGGCUUUGUAUAGACGACUACCCAAACCUUCUAAAGCCACCUUUACAAAUGCCCAACUCUCAGGCAGGGAGCUGAGAGAACCCAGAGAUCCGAAGUGCAGUGGUGCGGCCGUUCCUCCGCCUGCCCUUGAUAUCUCGGCAUUGAGGGCCAUGUCUAUAAAAUCUUUUCUUGGUUUGUUGGCAGAUAAAAUAACACAAGAAGACAUUGAAGGCAUUCUGGGGAAGUUUCCUGGGAGUACAAUGCAAGUACUCCCCGUAAGUUUCUCUGCCCUGAAGAAGGAUGGACAGAGCCUCUCAGCGCUGAUGAAGAGCGGCAAAGCAGUCGAGCCCAGACUGGCUGGGCUGGUGGCGGUGCUCAGGAUCUCAGCUCUCUCCUGUGCCAGCGUGCUGGAGCUGACCUGUAUCAGAGAGGAGCCCUUUACACUUGAAGAGCACACCCUCCCCGAAGACAAAUGGACCAUUGACGGCGUCGCAUAGCCCCUUGAGCACUGCACAUCCCUUAGGCCAGAUGAGCAAUUUAAAACAUCAAAGUCUGAGGAGUUUGCUGACCAGGCUUUAAGCUGUGAAUAUGUCACUCUGAGGGAGGUAAAGAGGGAAGAUGAUGCAAUUAAGUCCCUUUGAGACUUGCCUGGGAGGCAACCACGUCCUGGUUGGUGCAUAUUCUGACCCAGGAAUGUCCAUGAACCUCGUCAGCUCUUCCAAAGAUGUCUUCCUGUCGCUGAGUGAUGAUUGGAUUGGAUUCAGAUAAAUAUGCUUUCUGAAUUUGAUCUUCGCAUAGUCUUUUUCCUAUGAAGAAAGUUAAACAGUUUCUAAUCACAGAAAACAGAAGUCUGAGCUGAAGUUCCCUUAGUGUCACAGAAGCCUCAUGUUUGCUUUGUUUAGACUUUGGGGGCGGGGUUCUGUUGUUUUGAAAUCUCUGUAUAUUUGAAGUGCUCAGUAGUGAGCAGUCUCGUGGGCUUAUGGCUACUAUGAAGUGCUGGUGGGCUGUAGUCUUUUGUGCCCGUGUUCUUAGGUCUUGAAAAUGAAUGCGUUUUUCUAAUAAAUAUUUGUAAGUACACAAACUUCUGCCUCCAGCAAUAACUGAAUGUAAGUAGGUUAAGAUGUGAUUAAUUUCUUACCCCACUUAGAACAGAACUCAGUUCCUGUAGCAGCUAUUUCUGUGGUCAUCCAUGUAGCAUCAAAUUACUAAAAAUGUGAUUUUUAGAAUAUAAACUAGAGAAUGUAUCUUGAAUUAAGAUUCUCGCCUGCUUGUUCUUUAGUGUAUCUGUGUCUCCCAUGGAACACUGAUCCCCGGGACAUGGUUUCUGUAGUUAUUGAGAAUAUGAUCACUUUU